AUGACGGAAAGUGUUGGGCAGAAAGAGUCAAGGUGGAUAACAACUAUUAUUAUGAGUACAGCUCUGCAGAACCAUGAGAUUUCUACAAUUCUGCAGAGACAACAGCACAGAGUUCGAUAUUCAGAUUCGGUGGAAAUUGGAUCCGUGAUAUUCUCUCUUUCUGGGGUUGCAUUUAUACUGGCAGACACUCAAGACUUGCCUAGGACAGGAGAAGAGCAGUUUUUAGAGAGAAUUCAGAAGUUCAUUAACAUUCAUCGGAAUAGUUUUUUAGUUUUGUCAGCUGCCCUUCACGGUCCAGAAGAAUGGAAUAUAAUGUUUAGGAUUCAGAGAAGAUUCCUGGGCAGUAAUCUACGCAUCAUUCCAGUUCACAGUAAUGUGGAAGCUGUUAAGUUUAUGCUAACUAUAGCUAAGGUAACUUCCAAGCCAUGCGCAGAUGAUAUUCGUUACAAAAUGGCAAUGGCAAAAGUCCACAUAAUAGAAAAGAGUCCAGUUUGGAAGAUGCUUCAGCAGUACCAGCUGCAUUGUAGUUAAUUUGGUGUUUG